ACCUCAACGGAGAUGGGUGUGACGAAAGUGUUGGUCAUUCUGCUGAGUGUGGGCCUGGCCGAAAUCCUGGCUCAUAACCAUCAAACCAAGGAUCAGGAUGCUAGAAACAAUUGGUGGCAGCACGAGGUCUUCUAUCAGAUCUAUCCGAGAUCCUUUCAGGACAGUAACGGUGAUGGCAUUGGUGACCUGCCGGGAAUUACCUCAAGGCUGCAGUACUUCAAGGACACUGGCAUUACGGCUGUCUGGUUAAGCCCCAUCUACGAGUCCCCCAUGGUGGAUUUUGGCUACGAUAUAUCCAACUACACGAAUAUACAGCCGGAGUACGGCACCUUGGAGGACUUUGAUGCCCUGAUAGCCAAAGCCAAUGAGCUGGGGAUUAAGGUGAUCCUGGACUUUGUGCCGAAUCACAGUUCCAACCAACAUCCCUGGUUCCUGAAGUCCGUGGCCAGGGAACCGGGCUAUGAGGACUUCUAUGUGUGGCAGAAUGGCACUCAGCUGGAGAAUGGAACCCGGGUGCCACCCAACAAUUGGUUGUCGGUGUUUUCUGGCUCUGCCUGGGAGUGGAACGAUGAGAGGCAGCAGUUCUAUCUGCGACAGUUUACUUUCGGACAACCCGACUUGAAUUACCGCAAUCCGGCCGUUAUCCAGGCCAUGGACGAUGUGAUGUUAUUCUGGCUCAACAAGGGAAUCGCAGGAUUCCGCAUCGAUGCCGUUAUUUACAUCUACGAGGAUGCCCUGCUGAGGGAUGAACCCCUGAGUGGCUCCACCGACGACCCCAACGUGGAGAACUAUCUGAACCACAUCUAUACAAGAAACCAGCCCGAGGACUAUCUUUUGCUGCAGCAUUGGAGACAGCUCUUGGAUAAUUACACAGCCAGUCAGGGAGGUCCUCGAAGGAUAAUGAUGACCGAGGGGUAUGCCACAGUGGCCCAACUAAUGGAGUACUACGAGGAUGCCAAUGGGGUUCAAGGGCCGGAGUUUCCGUUCAACUUUGAUUUCAUCACGGAGGUCAAUGAGAACUCCACAGCUGCCGACUUUGUGUUCUACAUCCAGAGGUGGCUCAUCUACAUGCCACACGGUCAUGUGGCCAACUGGGUGAUGGGGAAUCACGAUAAUCCCCGAGUGGCCUCCCGCUUUGGGGUGAAAUCAGUGGAUGGCAUGAAUAUGUUGCUGAUGACGCUGCCAGGAAUAGCCAUUACCUAUAAUGGUGAGGAACUGGGAAUGACGGACUAUCGGGACAUCAGCUGGGAGGACACUGUAGAUCAGCCUGCCUGCGAGGCGGGAAGGGACAACUACAAGGCGAUUUCCAGGGAUCCAGAACGUACUCCCAUGCAGUGGAGUGAUGAACAGAAUGCUGGGUUCUCCACUUCGAAUCACACUUGGCUGCCUGUAAACCCCAACUAUAGGGACUUGAAUCUUCGUAAUCAGCAACAGGCUAGACAGAGUCACUACAAGGUCUAUCAGUCUCUUCUAAAGCUUCGACAGUUGCCAGUCCUGAAGAAUGGUUCCUUCGUUCCAGAGGUGGUUAAUAGCAGAGUAUUUGCUUUUAAAAGGGAAUUGAAAGGCGAACACUCUUUACUGACCCUCCUGAACGUAAAGAAUCGCACCGAACUGGUGGACCUCACUGACUUCAUCGAUCAACCCAACCGCCUGAGUGUCCUUGUGGUGGGUGUCGAGUCCCAACAUCGGGUGGGAGAUCGCCUCAAGGCCGAAUCAAUAGCGCUGGCCCCCUUCGAGGGCCUCGUCAUUCAGCUGAACAAGCGAAAAUAAUUAGCAUAAAAUUAGGUAUUCGAGAAACUUUCCAUUGCGCUAGUGGAUGGAACGAACGGACUUUUCUAUUUCUGAUUUAAAAUGUAUCUCGGCGGACAAUCUAAUUCGAGUUUCCAUUUCAUUUGACAGCAAAACACAUUUCCAUUUUACAUUAAAGCCUCGCAAACAUUUUAAUUGAAUUGAGAGCACUUGCUGUCCGGUCCGACCCGCGACCCGAGUUCCAUGGCCUUCAGUCGCACUUUCUCUUAAAAUUCAAACUCGUAAUUCAUAAUUGUCAUCAGGUCUUGGGUUUUUUUGGGUCUGGGGGAUGGGUAGCUGAUAAAUGGUCGUUGUAUUUCAUU